AUGGAGAAGAGUCCGAACCAGGAGGCAGAGGACGGCUCGUACCUGUGUUUCCAGAGGACUCCUUCUCUCAGACGCAAAUGGAGGAAACGUUAUGGCGGCCUGGACGGCAACAAACUCCUGGAGCCCAAUAAAGACCCAGACAUGAAAGAGGAUGGACGGAUGACAGACGAGAGUCAACCGAGGAAAACGGAGAACCAGGAUACGGCUCCACGUCCAGCUCCAAGGAGCCUGAUCCAGAACCAGGUCCAGACUGGAGUCCAGAAGCCCGUCAGUCUCGUCAGUCCUGGAUCCGCAGUGCUUCCAGUGUCGGUCAGUAACGGCUGCCUGAAGUCUCCUCUCCCUCAGGCGGUGGUCCAGCCGGAGGACAGAGGUUUCCCCUCCGCUCAUCCCUGGUUCUCCUCCCAGCCGAGCCCGUCCAAACGCAGGGCAGCUGCUGACGUGCUGUUUGACAGCUUCGCCUCAGAUGGAAGAAUCAACGUCAAUCAGUUCUUUGAGGCCAUCUGGAGCUCCGGCCUGCACAGAUCGGACCCUCGGCUCAGAGAGUGUUUCUUCCACCUGAGGAAGCUGCAGGAUGCCGAAGGAACAGUGGACAGAAACACCUUUCACAGGUGCGUCACCGGAUUCGUCUCCCUCAUCCUGAAAGCUCUGCAGGGUCGAUUCGUCAUCCCAGAUUUUUCCACUUUUACUGAAGAGACACAGAAGUUGUUUUCGAGGUGUCGUCAGCUGUCGUCUGUCCAGGAGAAGGAAAAGGAGAGCAUGGACAGCACGAAAUGGGGCGUCUCCAUCUGCACAGUGGACGGGCAAAGACUGUCUCUGGGCGACUGGGCCGGCUCUCUGGUUCUGGGCGAGGUGUCAUGGCCGCUGGUGUACGGUGUGGCGGUGGACCUGCUGGGCUCCGACCUCGUCCACAGAUACGUCGGCGUGGAGGAAUACUACUCCAGACACGACUCUCCGUUCACACUCACUAAAACAGGAAUUCCUCACAGCCCGCUCACUGAGACAGGAGCCAUCGUCACCACGUCUUUAUUGCAGCUGGCGGGGAGGCUGUGUGCAGAGGAAGAGGAGAAGUACGACUCGGUGUUGAACGUCAUCCGGAGACUCUGCAACAAGGAGCAUGCCAACUUAAACUGCACCAGCAGCAGGAAGGCCAGCGUCAGACUCCACGCUCUGUCUUUCUACCUGCAGGAGAAGAAGUGUUUUCCAGAGAAGACGGACAUCAACGCUGCUUUGGAUCUGAUGCUGCAGUGCUCCUCAACAGAAGUCACCUGUGAGUCAGGAGCCGCCAUGGCUGCAUCGUUAGCCAAUGGAGGCCUCUGCCCGCUGUCAGGUGACCAGGUGCUGUCGCCGGCGACGACACGGAGCAUGCUGUCAAUGAUGCAGGUGGCUGGGAUGAAGGAUUACUCCACAACCUUCCACUACAAGGUCUGCUCUCCAUCCAGAAGCUGCUUAUAG